AUGAUCCAGAGAGACGUCUGCCUGUCCGUGCUUCUCGUCACAGCCGUUCUGCACGCUGUUACCUGCAAUAAAGGUAACAAACACAAACCAUGGAUGGAAGCCCAGUACCAAGGGAUCAUCAUGGAGAACGAUAACACGGUCUUACUCAAUCCACCUCUCUUCGCCCUGGACAAAGAUGCUCCGUUGAGAUACGCAGGUGAAAUCUGUGGGUUCCGGAUUCAUGGAGCUGGAUCUCCCUUUGAAGCUGUUGUGCUAGAUAGGACAACAGGUGAAGGUCUGAUCCGAGCAAAGGGUCCGGUGGACUGUGAGGCCCAGAGAGAGCACACCUUCACCAUCCAGGCACAUGACUGUGGAGAGGGACCGGACGGGAGCAACAGCAAGAAAUCUCACAAAGCCACGGUUCAUGUCCGAGUCAACGACGUCAAUGAAUUUGCCCCAGUGUUUGGUGAGAAGGUCUUCAGAGCUUCAGUCACUGAGGGUCGUAUGUAUGAACGGGUCCUUCGAGUGCAGGCGUGGGACCAGGACUGCUCUCCUCAGUACAGCCAGGUCUGCUUCUACCAGAUCCUCACCCCCAACGUGCCCUUCACAAUCGAUAACGAUGGAUAUAUAAAGAAUACGCAGCCCCUGCAGGCCAGCGGUGAGCGUUUGAUCAGAUUUACGGUCACUGCGUAUGACUGCGGGAAGAAGCGCGCUGUGGAGGAUGCGGAGGUGGAGAUCCAAGUUAAGCCCACCUGCAAACCCAGCUGGAGAGGCUGGAACAAGCGCAUCGAGUACGUUCCUGGCAGCGGCAGCCUGGCUUUGUUUCCCACCAUCCACCUGGAGACCUGCGAAGAGCCGAUCUGGAGUAUUCAGGCCACGGUGGAAAUCCAGACGAGUCACAUUGCCAAGGGCUGCGACCGAGAUAACUACUCCGAGAAAUCAUUGCGCAAGCUGUGCGGAGCUGCCCCAGGGGAUGUGGAGCUACUACCCCCAUCAAGCCCGACAUUUAACUGGACCCAUAGCCUUCCCAUACAGGAUACACAAGACAGUAGCCCGGUCUUUUGGUUCAAUGGUUCUCAAUCAGUGGAGGUUCCUCCUGGGCGGUUACCUGCAGGGGGCGGAGCCGCUGAUCACCUGACUCUCUCCUUCUGGCUGAAACAUGCAGGGGGCAGCGGAGGGAAAAGCGGGAAGGAAGAGGAGGUGCUGCUGUGCAACACUGUCCAGAAUGACGGCAGCUUCUCGCACUACACUCUGGCGGUGCACGGCUGUAGGAUCUCGUUCCUCUAUUGGUCCCUCCUGGACAGCUCCCACCCUGUCAAAUUCCUCUGGAAGCUGGAACAGGUUUGUGACGUGGAGUGGCAUCAUUAUGCUCUGAGCCUUGAGUUCCCGACUGUAUCCUUGUAUGUAGAUGGGGUGACUUAUGACCCUGCACUCAUGCAUGAUAAUGGAGCCCUUACUUCUCCGAAGCGCCAGGCGAGGAUGAUGAUCGGUGGCUGCUGGACGGGCUCCACCGUCGGCCGUUUCCUGCACGGUUAUGUCUCUGGACUGUCCCUGCGCCUGGGUACAGUGGAUUCUCGGGAAGUGAUUGAUUGUCUAUAUGCCUGCAAGGAGGGCCUCCAAUACACCGACUUUGACAGCCUUGGGAAAGGAAUGAAGGUCCAUGUCAAUCCUGCUCAAUCCCAAUUGACCCUGGAAGGGGAUGAUGCCCCGUCCUUCAGCCGAGCUCUGCAGCAUGUAGAAUACCUCAACUCUUUACAGUUUCCAACACCAGGGGUGAGACCCCUUAAACUGCAGACAACAGUGAGGUGUCUCACCGAUGAGGGAUGUCUCACUAUACCUGAUCUAGAUGGGUACCUUGUGGUACUGCAGCCUGAUGCUCCACAGGUCCAACUAGCUGGGUCCCCUCGGUCAGCACACCCUGUGUCUGACUUCCAGGGGCCCCUAGGUGUUCCUAUAUUUCCAGACCUGAGGAUUACCUGCACUGUUUCUCAUAACGUAUCUCCCAACAAGCUGGAAAGAGCUCCACGAUCAGAUGUGCAGUCUCCUGAUGGAAUUGAGUGCGCCCUGGAGAGAUGUGAGAUAGGAGUCGUGGGGGAGGAUCUGAACCCAGAAUAUGAAAGCCUGUCCCUGGAUGUCUCCUCCGCAUGGCAGCGCGGGCUUGAGACCGAGAACAGCUCCCGGAGUCUGCGAAUUACAGGCGUCCAGAAUGUAGCGGUGUAUGAGGAUAUCCUGCGCAGUGUCAGUUACCGCACAGCAGCCAGGGCCUCAUUGUAUGCACGAAAAUUUCAUGUAUCCUGCAGUGAGAUGAAUGGAAGAUAUAUAAGCAACCAGCUCUAUACUGAGGUUGACGUGUUACACGGGAUUCACGCCAUCUCCCCCAGUCACCUCCAAUCUCCUCAGCAGUUUAUUCACAACAUGCACCAGGCCCCCGCGGAGUUAUCAGGCCACGCUCUGGUCAGCGCCAACCGCAGCUCGGUGUUUCCGGGCGUUGCCAUGGUCAUCAUUGUUGUUUGCAUCGGUUUCUUGGCCCUGAUUGUUACUCUGGGGCUCUCGAGGAUACACAAUGUGAGGCAAAGAGGAUCCGAGGGGGCGGAGAUAGAGGCAGCCAAUCAGCGUGACCCAUUCUGGGAGGACUCCGCGAUGACCAUAACUGUGAACCCAAUGGAGUCUUUGCAGUCUGGCGGCUUGGUCCCGGCCCAGAAAUCAUCUGUCUCGGAGAAGGAGGAGCCAAUUGAGGAGUCACCUUGAGAGUCGUCUCUUUUGACAGCCGUGCGUCCGUGUACUUCUCGCUUAUGUGUCAUCCCCACCAUCGUCUGGUGUGUAUGCCACAGCCUGACACAACUGUGCGGUGUGCGCCACUUCUGACUGCGCUCUUCUGCUACUUCUCCGACACUCUAAGCGACGAGUGCAACGUAAAGACACUCAGCCUGGGACAUGUCCCGCCAUCUUCUCCUCUCUCUGGAGCGUGUGUCACAGCCUGGCUGUCUCUUGAAGAGCGCCACCCACCCCGACGCUGGCUGGGUUGUGUAUCACGUCCACAGUGUCUGUCCUUCCGGAUGCCUCCCCCUCGUUUACGUUACCAUUUCUCAGGGGAAACCUCGCCGCCGCUCCUCCAUUCCGUGUUUGUAACCGUCUCAUGUGAUGUUUUUACAUUGGGUCCCUGAGAGGCUGCUACCGAUUCCCUUCUGGUCCACUACACCCCCUCCCCCCAUCUCAUUUCUGGGGUUCAGCUUUACUCCAUCCCCAGAGACUUAAAGUACUGAGAGCGAGAGAGCGACCGCUCAGUACCGAAAUAGUCCUCAAAAAUGGCCGACAACCUAUAGACACGAGGGCACGAGGCCGCUCAUCUCACCCCAACCCCCAAAAAGUUUUUUUUUUUCCAACCAGACCUUUCCUUUUGUUCCUAUUUAAAGUGUUAUCCCCUUCCUGUCUCCUCCCCACCGCGCUCACGUCUCUGCCCCUGUG